GUCUACGGAGCGGCUGUCCCUGAGCUGGGGACAGGGCGAGAGGGGACACUCACAGGGGGCCCUGUCACCCGCCAGGUCGGGCUCUCGGGAGCCACCGCCGGGGCUUAGCAGGCAGGGAGACGCAGGACAGCUGCACAGCUGCGUGUGAGUCAAAAAAAUUUUUCCAAGAGCCAGAAUGGCAGAACGGUACGACUGCCACUACUGCAAGGAGUCCCUUUUUGGGAAGAAGUACAUACUGAGAGAGGAGAAUCCAUACUGUGUAAAGUGCUACGAGAGCCUCUACUCCAACACCUGUGAGGAAUGCAAGAAGCCCAUUGGCUGCAACUUCAGGGACCUGUCCUACAAGGACCGCCACUGGCACGAGGACUGCUUCCAUUGCUUCACAUGCCAGCACUCCCUGGUGGACAAGCCCUUCUCCACCAAGGAUGACCAGCUCCUGUGCACUGAGUGCUACUCCAACGAGUACUCCUCCAAGUGCCAGGACUGCAAGAAGACCAUCAUGCCAGGCUCCAGGAAGAUGGAGCACAAGGGAAACAGCUGGCAUGAGACCUGCUUCAGCUGCCAGCGCUGUCAGCAGCCAAUCGGCACCAAGAGUUUCAUCCCCAAGGACAAUUCCAACUACUGCGUGCCGUGCUAUGAGAAGCAGUUUGCCAUGCACUGUGUGGACUGCAAGAAGCCCAUCACCACCGGGGGAGUGACCUACCAUGAGAAGCCCUGGCACAAGGAGUGCUUCGUCUGCACCGGCUGCAAGCAGCAGCUGUCUGGCCAGCGCUUCACCUCCCGCGAUGACUUUGUCUACUGCCUCAACUGCUUCUGCAACCUGUACUCCAAGAAGUGCACCUCCUGCUCCUCCCCCAUCAGCGGACUGGGUGGGAGCAAGUACAUCUCGUUCGAGGAGCGACAGUGGCACAACGACUGCUUCAACUGCAAGAAGUGUGACCUGUCCCUGAUUGGCCGUGGCUUCCUGACUGACAGGGAUGACAUCCUGUGUCCUGAAUGUGGGAAAGACAUAUAAGGAAAACUAUCCCUGUCCAGAAGCAACUGAGAGAACCGAUUUGCAUGGAUGGAUUUGCAGAGAACAAAGCCAAUACUAGCACGCUGCUCUCACUAACCAAUUAUAUUACAGCAGUGAACCAUGUAUCACUUUUUAAGAAAGAGGUUCCUUAUGAAGCUUCAGUGCUGAUGGCUGUCUGCAUGCAUGGCUAUUUGUGAUAUUAAUCUUGAAUCAAAGAUAUUAAAUAAAAUGUAUGGGAAGAUGGAAUGUAAUAGCUUUAACAAGUAAAAUGUUCAGGGUAACAUUUAUGAAGAAAAAAGGCUCAUAUUUUCACACUUUUACAUCAGUAUUAUUAUACAUCAUAUUAUGGGAACUAACUCACAUUAUGACUAACAUCAUAAGAGGUAACAGAAUGAUCUAUAUUUAAAAUAUCAAAAUUAACAAUAAACUCUUCUCAAAAGGC